CCUUGCCAGCGUUACAAACAGUUCUCUGCGCAUGCGGAAAGAACUGGAAGACCCCACACCUUCCAAAUACUGCAGUUAAAUAAAUUUGAAAAAUGUGAGUGAACUUCGAAAGCAAAAAUUCUGGAAAUUAUUUUGUUUAAAGGAAAUUAUGUCUAUUCGAGGCACACCAAGGGGUUCUGACGAAAACCUGCAGUAUAGUGCAGCUAGUGACAGUUUUUGGGAUGUUGGAAACUUCAAGCGCACGGUCAAACGAAUAGACGAUGGUGCAAAGUUAUGUGACGAGUUUAUGAAACUUGUCACAGAAAGAGCUGAAAUAGAAGCAAAGUACGCCUUGAAAUUGAAAUCCUGGGCCAAGAAAUGGGAAGAAUGUAUUAAAAAUGGACCAGAAUAUGGCUCAAUGGAAGUUGCCAUGCGAGGCACUGUCACUGAAGCCGAGUCAAGGGCAGAGAUUCACUUGUUAUGCCGUGAUAAACUCAUGGACGACGUGCACGAAUCGAUUAAAAGGUGGAAAACAGAAAAUUAUCAUAAAGGAAUAUUUCAAUGGAAGGAGACCAAAGAGGCCGAAGAAGGAUUUACAAAAGCUCAAAAGCCUUGGGCAAAGCGAUUGGCUAAAGUUGAACGAUCGAAAAAGGCGUAUCACACUGCCUCGCGAAACACCGAGCAAGCUCAAAAUGUGGAGAAUCAGGCAAAUAACGACACCGAUUUGAAACCAGCUGAGAAACUAAAAAAGUUGUCGGAUGCAACAGAGAAAGCGAAACGAGAAAUGGAUAAAUGUAAAGAAAAGUACGAACUGCGCCUCGAAGAAAUCACAUCUUACAACUCACAAUAUGAACGAGAUAUGAUUCAAGAAUUUGAAAGGUGUCAGGAGAAUGAAGACCACCGUCUUGUGUUUUUCAGGGACACUCUAGUGAAGUAUCACAAAUGUUUGGAUAUAUCGGAUAGCCCUGAGUUUUCUGGGGUCUUUGUCAACAUGGGCCUAACAUUUCAGAAGGCAGAUGCCCAGGCAGACUUAGACUGGUGGUCACUCAACCACGGUGUAGGCAUGCCACAGAAUUGGCCAGUGUUUGAGGAAUACAAUGAGCCCCCUCCAGCGAAACGGCCAUUAGUGUCACAAGGGCAUGAACAAGCACCAGCUGCAUCCACCUAUUCGACAACUCAAAACCAUUUUGAAGAACACACUGAUUACCCUCAGCACAAUGAAACAAACAACCCAUUUAACAAUUACACAUCAAAUACAAAUGAAGACUUCAGUGAACCAUCAGCUCCAGAUGAAUGGGACAUUGAGCCUCCUCCCAUUGAAGAUGCAGGUGUCCCAGUCAGGGCCUUGUAUGACUUCCAAGGUGUGGAGGACGAUGAACUCAACUUCAAAGAAGGCGAUAUUCUUACACAACUUUCCUCGCAGGAUGACCAAGGCUGGUGUCAGGGAAGAUUUCAGGGUAAAAUUGGACAUUUUCCUGGGUCUUAUGUGGAGCCACUGUAGAAGGAAGAAGCUCACAAUAGCAAUGUAAUAUUCUGUUUUUUAAACAGAACUUAAUUUUAGUGUCCCUUGAUAGUCUUCUCCCCAAUUGUAUGGAACAUGGCAUCCUGAAAACUCAAUAAAAUCUCAUAGUGCUCGCUGCUAAGUUUCCAAAUAUUAUUUUGGAAUAGAAUAUCUUAAGUAUGCAAUGAUAGUUAUUGCAACAAAUAGUAAUGAUACUGAUAGUCAAUAGAAUAUGUAUAAUCACAGCACAUUGUGGUUAUUUGUGGCUCACGAAAAUAUCAAUAUCCAUUUCCCUUCGCAGACAGUGUGUCUGAAAUUAAAAGGUGGCAUGCAAGCAAACUAUGCUGUGGAUAGACUUUGGUUUGAAUCGUUCAACUCCAGAAACUCCAGUUAGCUUUUACACCUUUUUCCCUUCCCCUUUUUCUGUAAUUCUGUUAACUGCUAAACCUGAGUGACCAGCAUCAAAUUUCUCUUUUUAAUAAUACUACCGAAUCAGUCAAUAAGAUCAUGAGAAUAAAAGAAAUGAUUGCCAACUUAAGAAGCUCUGAUUGUUAAACAAAUUCUUCUUGUCAGGUUCUAAGGAAAUACAUAGAAAAGGUACAGAGAAAAUGGAUACUGAUGUUUAGGUGUUAACGGUUAACCUUCCUUGAGUGGGUAUUGAUAUUUUCAGAAAUCAUCAUUAAUAUAUACUUUGCGGAAGGUUAGGUUUAGGAAUGUUCAUCAUGAUUAUUGUCGGUUUGGAGAAUACAAAUACAAUUAAUUUAAAACUAAUCAUUGAUAAAAUUGUAUGGUUUGGGUUAUAUAAUUUCUCCUUGUCUAACAAAUCAAUGAUAUAAAGAUGAAACUUCCUUUACUACCACCAUUAUAUAAAAUGGUGUACUGGUAUACUUUUUGAAUAUGAAACAGAAAUAAAAUGUACUUCAAUGGUUAGAAGGUAGCCUUAUUUAUGUAGCUCUGUUGUUUGAGUGUAGAGUAAGAAAUGUUUCUCAAGUUGAUUCUCAAACUUUCAUAUCGUAGAUGAAAGGAGAAAUGUAUUCAAAAGAAAGCUAUGAUGUACCCUAUUUGUUAGAAUAUAUUAAGCUCUUCAGAUGGAUAUUGAAAUGUAUUUUCUCCCAAUUGUACAUUAUUUACUGCAAAUGCUCCAUUAAAAGAGAUUUCAACAAGUUUCUGGAUAAGUUGAAAUCUGAUCAGAGAUAAAGGUUACUGAAUGUAAAGUAUAUUCUGUGAGGAUCACCUGGGAUAAGGUGUAUUUCAAAUGAAAUGCAUUCAAGUUAUAAUUUUUCUCUUCUCUGCUAUCUCAGCAGGGGCCCAUCACUUGGGCUCCUGGUCUCAGUUAAUCAUAGAAACAAUAAGUUAUUGCCCUAAUAAAUGUUAUAUUUUAAAGGACAA